AUGCCUUCAAGAAACUCAGACGCCUCAAAAACCAAUCCUGUCCAGCUUCACCAAAACUUCUUGGACUUGAAUUCAGUAACAAAAUUGCCCGACUCUCAUGCAUGGACAUCAGCCGAUUACGAGUACCAUCCCGGUGACUCGUGCAGCUCAGAAAUGCUGCCAGUAAUCGAUCUCAAUGACCCCAAUGCCCCACAGCUUGUCUGUGAGGCAUGCAAAACAUGGGGGGCCUUUCAAGUUGCAAACCAUGGCAUCACAACUCAACUUUUCAACGACAUUGAGUCCGCGGCAAGUAGCCUUUUUUCACUCCCCAAGGAACAAAAGCUCAAAGUGGCUCGCGCUCCAGAUAGUUUCUCCGGCUAUGGCAUGCCUCGAAUUGCUUCCCAUUUUUCCAAGCUCAUGUGGUAUGAGGGCUUCACUAUCAUUGGCUCGCCUUUAGAACACGCUCGCCAACUUUGGCCUCAAGACUACAACAAAUUCUGUGAUGUGAUUGAGGAAUAUAAGAAAGAGAUGAAACAACUAACUGGGAGGUUGAUAUGGCUCAUGCUUGGGCCAUUGGGCAUAACAAAGGAAGACAUUGAAUGGGCUGGCAAAGGAGGAGAAAGUGCCUUACAGCUGAACUCUUACCCGGUUUGUCCGGACCCGGACCAUGCCAUGGGCCUAGCCGAGCACACCGACUCGACGCUCUUCACCAUCCUCCACCAAAACAACACAAGUGGUCUACAGGUGCUCCAGGAGGAAACCGGGUGGGUCACGGUCCCUCCUCUCCCGAGCACACUGGUGGUUAACAUAGGCGACCUUCUUCAUAUACUAUCCAAUGGGUUGUACCACAGUGUCCUCCACCGGGCCAUGGUGAACCGGAACCAACACCGGUUUUCUGUUGCCUACCUCAGUGGUCCUCCAGCCGGUACCCUAAUCUCGCCGCUCUCAAAACUGGUAGACAAAAGCCAUCCUCCUCUCUACAGGCCGGUGAGUUGGAGCGAGUACCUGAGUGCCAAGAAAGAGCAUUUCAACAACACACUGUCCACAAUUCGGCUUUAUUCUCCUCAAUAA